AUGAACGAAUCUGCCGAAAAAGAUGGUGUAAAGAAUGGAUCAGAUGAACCUGCUGUCACGAAUAAUCAAUCAGAUGAUAAAACUAAUGACAUUACAGCAGCAGAUGAUAAUCGAACGCAGGGCGAUAGUACAUCGCCACCCGACCAAAAGACUCAAGUGACACCGGGUGAGAAUGAUAGUACCAAGGAUCCAGUUCAUACUAUCCUCGAACAGCCCAAACUAUCGCCAGAAGAGAGACAACGGAAGCAUCGAGAAUUAAUAGAAAAGCAGAAAGAAGCUAGACGACGGGCUGAGGCUCUUAGAGCUCCAUUUGACAAAGUGGCGAGACCAUCUGACGAAUCGAAUGGCAAUACAGAUAACACUAAUACGACACCACCAACAAAUGAAGCUACUUCUAUCCCGACCGCCAACUCUUUUAUUACACAGACAAUUCCCCAACAACCGAGAGAACAACUGAUCCAAAUAGGACUUGCUUUUUUAAAUAAUCCAAAUGUGCGAAAUAUGCCAAUGUCGAAGAAAACAAAGACUUUAAAGGCGAAAGGUUUGACUGAUGAAGAAAUUGAAAUUGCUAUAGGAAGAGUCGAGAAAGAGAACGCAGCUACAAGAGUACCACCGAGACUCGUAAUUGUCUUGUUCAUCACUGGUUCGUUCGCGUCUGGGCUAGCAUACGUUGUUAAGAAAUAUGUGGUCCCAUCAAUGACAAGUAUACUUUCAGCCAGACAAGAACUCUACGCACAUCAACUAGACUUAAUUACAAAACUCAAUUCCAAACUUACUUCUAUAUCGUCGCCAAUAUCACUAAACUCGAGCAAACAAACACUCUCAAUUUCAUCUCCGAGUUCUUUGAAUUUGACCCCUGUUUCAACAACUCUCACUUCGAUCACGUCUGCUCUUUCAUCCUAUCACACUUGCGCUGCCUCUCUCGACGGAAUAGACGGUCUUCAUGCUUCGUUAACAGCAUUUGCAAAGUAUGUAUCCCUAGGCGUAUACUCGUAUACUCCAUAUGGUGAUAGAGAGAAAGAGACUCCAGUUUUAAAGGUAAAAGAUGAGAUUAGAAGUUUAAAAGGAAUGUUGAUCAACACAAGAAACUUCCCCAGAGUGCCUUUUGUGCGCGGAGGAGGAUCCAGUUGGGUUGCAGUUAAUGAUAGUGGAGAUGUAAACGAGAGCAAAGAGGAGGAGGCAAGUGAAAGUUAA